AUGCCCGUGGGGGGGAAAUUGGUGUUGAAGGGUGGCCUUCACGUUGGGGUAGAGAAGAAGAAGAAGAAGAAGAGUAAGAAGAGUACCAAGGAGCUUACUGAGGAGGAACUGGCCACAAAGUCAGAGCGUGAGAAAGCCCAGGGGAUCUCCGUGCAGAAUAAUAACACGUAUGAGCAAGAGUUUGCGCUGGAGAUGCAAAAGGCAAAGGCUGGCAAAGUCAAGAAUACACCGUGGGGCAGUUCAUACAGAGCCGCGCCGGAGAUCUUGCACGGGUAUGACCGAAAAAUAAGUGGUCACACGGCUGAGGAGCGACUCGACAUGCGUGUCGCCAUCAAGACAGACAAG